AUGCCAAUUCGAUUGUUCUCGAAUCGCACAUCGCUCGGUGGCUUUGCUGUGGCCUUCGUACAUUCCAUGCUGACGUAUUGGAUCACUUAUUUCAUGCCGCUUUACUUUCAAGCUGUAUUAAGGACUGAUGCCAUUACAUCUGGUGUCAAUAUACUCCCAAUGGCAGCCCUGGCCAUGCCUUUUGCCAUGAUUGCCGGCUUUGGCGUGUCCAAGUUUGGUCGUUACCGCCCUUGGUUCUUCUUGGGGUAUGCCCUCUUUGCUAUCUCAUUUGGGCUCUUUAGUCGUCUCGACGAGAAGUCUUCCACCGCAUACUGGGCGGGUAGCCAGUGUAUCGGUGCUGCUGCUGCAGGUAUCCUUACCACGACAACUCUCCCGUGUAUCCAGGCACCUCUAUCGGAAGUUGACCAAGCUGUCGCAACAGCGACUUGGGGAUUCGUCCGAAGUUUUGGAGGAGUUUGGGGCGUAGCUAUUCCAGCUGCCAUAUUCAAUUCUCAAGUGAACUCACUUGUCCAAGAGAGGUUGCAAGAUAAGCAAUUGCAGAGUCUUCUGAGCAACGGAGGCGCUUAUGCACUAGCCUCAGGCGGUCAAAUUGGCACUAUAACAAGCGACCCUCUUGUGAACAGCCAGGUGAAUAGCAUUUUCGUGGAUAGUCUUCGAUUAUGCUGGCAAGUUGGAAUAGGUUUCUCAUUAUUAGGCUUCUUCGUCAGCGCGGUUGUAAAGGAAGUUGCAAUGCGCACGCAUCUUGAGACAGACUUCGGGUUGGAAGAGCGUAGAAAGGAGGGUGGUGAGUGA